AUGCCUUUUGGCAUUAAGACAGUCUUGCCAGUAUUGCCGAAACCAGAUAACUUGAUUUUAGAUUCGUGUGUAUCAAAAGACAUGAAUAGUAUCGAGGACAAAGAAUUACGCAAGAAAUUGCGAAAUAGACAAUCAGCCCUUGCAGCAAGAGAACGUAAAAAGGCUCGCAUGCUGGAACUUGAAAGAAAAGUAGACGAAUUGCAGCAAUCCAACAAUGAAUUAGUUGAUGAGAAUUCAAAACUUAAGAGAACUUUGAGCGCAUUGUUAUAUGCACCGACAGAGCAAAGCGUGCGGGAUUUAUCUACAUGUCAAAUAGGAAGAAAGGCGAAUUAUCCGACGGAAAACUUCCAGACCGUGAGCCAUGUGCACAAUGCUCCUUUGCCACUUCGCAGAGUCAAAACUGUACAUCAAGCUGUAAAUUCACCAAAAUAUGCAAAUAUCCGCUUCGUUGCAGAUCAGCAGCAAUUCGGAGGCAGCACGUCGGUUCCAAUUGAUUAUUCCAUGCAGCCCAGAAGAAAAAGAACAUUUUGCCAACAAAAUGUGGGGAACAACACUGCACAAAUAAAAGUUAUCAAAAUGGAGCAAAACUAUAGCGAUAUUCCAAUCGAAAUAGACACGCAAUUGGCAAGGGUGGACGGACAUGGUUUGGACUAUGGCAACAGUCAAGCCAACUUUGAAGCAAAACAUGUUCAAUUCGGUUCUGUUGAUCAUUGUAAUAACGAAAGCAAAGAUGCCAUUCGCGCAAGAUUACAUUCUUCUCCGAGCACUUUAGCUUCGGGAUACCAGCCAAAUCUAAAACGAGCUCUUCCUCCUAUUGGUGCUGUGCUUCAAUCACCACUAAAAACUGUAAAUACACGCCUUGAUUCUUCUACGACACAAAGCAACGUCAAAACCAAUUUAAUACAACCAACAAGUGGCACGAAUUCGGCCUACCGAGGAGUGGGAAACCCUACCGUCGCAAAUACCGACAAUUUACUUGGUAGUCAACCAGAAGAAAAGUUUUUGCCAGACAGGGGUUCCGAUACGGACGAAACAUUGCAACGAGAUCCUUAUAUGCACCAAGGAAACGACUCGAUUUUUUAUCAAACGGAUGUAAAUUCUUUUCAAACAAAAUCCGAUGUGGCGAUUUCAUAUGCUGUUUCUGGGAGUUCGAGUACCGUUGCUGGAAAUUAUACAACCGCCGGCAACGACGAAAAUGCACUGUACAUUCGACUGAAUGAAAACUUAACUGGUUAUUCACCAUUAGACAGUAUAAGUAGUUGUGAUAGUGGUGUGGGUAUUGAUGACGAUUCAUUGGAAUGGAUUCAAAAGGUUCCUAUUUUUUAA